GUGUCUACAGUUUUGGCCAAAGAUUUUGGUAUGUUAGGUAGGUGCAUUUCACAAAAGUUCUUGUGGCCUAUGUUAAGCUGAUGGUCAGGUUUUGGUGACUGCGUUUUCUGUAGGAAAGCUUGCAGGUAUCUUAGAUAUGUGCAUCUAUCUGUGUUUGAAUACAUUCAUCAUGCAUUGUUAUCGGUCACAGAGAAGAAAGGCUUGAGCAACCUGAUCUGAAUGCAGUGUUGACCCUGCUUUGAGCUUGGAUUGGAUGGCUUGCUGCCCUGAAUUCUGGCCUAAAUUAUUCUGUGAUCUGAUGAAUACAAACUUGUUGAUAAGAUUUACUGAAAAUGCAGUGGCUUACAUAUUCAUAACCCAUGAGAAGCUUCCUUCUUUACACAGGAGUGUGACUGGAGAGCUUCUCAAGCAUUUUAGGACAUGAAUGUCAUGAGAAUUAUAAUGUUUUGGAAAUGGCCUGGGCUGAAUGACCUACUGUGUCUUUUCCAACUAUAACUUCUAUGAAUCUGUAAUUUUGAGGUUGACUUCUUGUUGUCCAAUUUUACAGUUACUUAAUUCUAGUAUCAGGCAUAUUUUAAGAGACCACAUUUAGUCAUGGUAAGACCGUGUGGCUUGUUUUUUCUUCUUAUUUUUUAAAUCCUUCUAAAGAUUGUCGGCACUUAAUGUAUUCUUUCCUAUUCCGGUACCACAAAUAAUGUUCCUAGUCUGUGAGGAAAAAAGUCUGAUUACCCGUUCUGGAAUAGAUGAGUGAUUAAAAAAAGCUGCUUCCAAAAUUGUUGCAGUUCUGUCUGAGGCGUUAAGCUCGUGCUGCUGUUUACUUAUACCAGAACUGCAUCCAUCACCAGAAUAAGGGGUGGAAUUCAGCAUUGUUACCAAUUAAGUUUAUAACAAAUUAUUCAGACAUUUUUUAGAGCUGAAUGUACAUGUACUUCUGAGGGCUAUGAAAGACUCCUAACUGAAAAUAAGGUUGAUUAAUUUCUUUCUAAAUAGUUCUUAAAACAUUGGUGUGGCCCUGUUUCCUUGUCCCUGCAGAAAGCUCCCUUUUUAUCCAAGAAGAAAUAUGUUUUGGGAAGGCCAUCGAGUAAGAGCUCUUGCAUUAACACUCUUUAAAGAGAACACCUCAGCCUUUGAGGUUUUUGGGUGCCCUAUGUCCGUAUCCCUCAGGACUUAAUCCAUGCUUUUUAUCCUAAUUUGCUGCCUGCUUACUUGUGAUACAUGUUAAGUUUGCCAGUUUACAGCAAACAAAGCAUGCAGACCAAUCAGGAUUUCUUUUUGGUGGACUAGAAACAUAGCUUUGUCGUUGAAAACAGAGGUAUGUGUACAUGUAUGAACACAUAUUAUGCAUACACAAAUAGCAAAUGGCUCUUCCUAGCUGGUGGACAAUCACUUAGCUGAAGAACUGGAAAUUAAAGGAUUAGCAGUUAUGCAUGAAAACACUAUUGAUACUACUGAGACUUAACUUGGAGUCUGUUUCUCUCAUUCCCUUUAAAUGGUGUAUGGAAUAAUUCAUAGAUCAAUCAUGUUAUUACAGCCAUGAAAUGUCUGUGUUAAAAUUUGUGGAGUAAAGUAAUUUUAGGUCAAAAUACUCUUCUGGUCAUUACCAGACUUAGAAAACAUGUAUAUGAAAUGUAAUAACAAAGAUGAUUCAGUAACAGGUUCUUCUUCAUUUUUUUUCUUCUGAACUACGUGUUUUUUCUCUAUCAAAAGUUUCUUCUAGUUUAUGUAUACAUGGGUUCUUAUAAAUUUUCUUGUAUGGGUUUGUGUUGUUUUCCUGGAAAUCCUCACUAGUAUUUAAUACACGUUUUGUCUACGGAGGAUUCUGUCCUUUACUGCCUUCUGUCAGUGCUGUAUUUGGUGAUAAAUGAAAGUAGUUAAUCAUUUAGAACAUUAUUUUUCAUAUUUCAUCAGUGUUUGCCUUUUUUGUUAUUAAAAACAAGUCUCUUAAUUCAAAGGUCUUUUCCAACCUAGUUGAUUCUAUGAUUUUAGCAUGCCUUUCCAAAAUUGCUUUAAGUCCUGUUGCACUCCUCUGAACUUGUUCCAGUUUGUCUUUUUAAAACACAGUGCUGAAUAUGGAAUACACUUUCUCUGGCUGAGACAUAACCAGUUCUGAGAUGAUGGGAGUAAUGUCUCUUGCUUUUUGGGAAGAAAAUCUGCUGUGGUACUUCGAAGUAACUUUGGGUAAAGUCUGUAGGAGCUGUUGAUGUGAUACAUUGUGUAUAGAUUCCUGCUAUAUUCUGGUACCAGUUGAAAAAUGGAUGAUGAUGACUUUGGAGGAUUUGAGGCAGCAGAGAGUUAUGAGUUUGGGAAUGGUGAAAAGCAGACUACAUCCCCUGCUAUUGCUUGGGCAGCAUUCCCUACAGUAUCUGAAGUCCAUAUAUCUCCUGAUGUUCUUUUGGAGCACUCUCUGCCAUCUUCCUGCCUGGUUCCUUCUGACUCAUUCAGUUUAUCAAGUGAUAAUGUGGCAGCAGCUAUUCAAACAGCCACCAAUGUUACAAACCCUGCUGUUCCUGAAGAACAGAUUCAAGCAGAUAUUCCAGUUGCCUCUUUGAACAUAAUUGAAGACAAGACUUUAGUUACAUCAACCAUUGCUUUGGUUGAUGCCGAGACACAGAGAACAAAUGAACCAAAAAGCUACCUUCAACAAGCUGUUGCAAACCUAGAAAUCAAGCUUUGCACUGCUGAAGAAGAAAAAUUAAAAAUUAAAAAGGAAUUAGAACAUUUAUUGGAAAAACACAGUAUUCUAGAAAUGGAUUUCUUGAAGGAAAAAAAAGAAAAAGUAAUUUCACAUCAAGAUCACUACAAGAUGCUCCAGGAAAAGCAUAAGCAGGAGUUAGAAGACAUGAGAAAAGCCGGACAUGAAGCUUUGGGUAUUAUUGUUGAAGAAUUCAAGGUGCUGCUACAAUCUACAGUUCAACAGCAAGAAGCAGCUAUUGAAAAACAGUAUAUUCUAGCAAUUGAAAAACAUUCCCACAAAUGUGAAGAACUUCUUAAUACUCAGCAUCAGCGACUUCUUGACAUUUUGGAAGCAGAGAAGGAAGCGUUAUCAGAAAAGAUAGAAGAAGCUUUGAUGCAGCAGUCACAAAAACACAAGGUUGAAAAAGAAGUAGUGCAGGCAGCUAUUCUGAAAGCAGUAGAGGAGGAGAGGAGAAAUAUGGAGAAGAUUCAUGCAGAAGAAAGAAAAAUGUGGGCAGCAGAACGUGACAAAGAUAAAGAGAAGAUUGCCCAGGCUGUUCAGGAAGCCAUGCAAGAGCAAAAAAAGCAAAAUCAAGAGAUUGUCAAGGAAGCAUUAAUGGAGGAGCAAAAACGAAGUGAAAAGGCAGUUGAAGAAGCAGUGAAAAGGACAAGAGAGGAACUGAUGGAAUAUAUUAAAGAGCAGAAAAGGCUUGAUCAAGUUGUCCGUCAGAGAAAUCUGCAUAGUUUGGAACUUUUCCUCUCAUGUGCACAGAAACAGUUAGGCGUUUUAUUAAAUGAAGAGCCAACCACUACAGAGGAAAAUAGAGACUGACAUUCUCAGUACCGUUGAUAGUGUGAUUGUGAAGCUGCAAAUCUCAAUACAGCAGAUGAUGAAUAUAUUCUAAUCUUUUGGGAUUGUAUCGUUGAUUCAAGAUUGAGUUGAAACUAUGCUUGAUAGAAAUAUUUGUGGAUGAUAUUCUUUAUUUAUUUUACUACCAUUAUUAGAUUGCGAAUAUGAGAGGGAAAAAUUCCCUGGAAAAAAAAUUGGGUUUAUUUAUUAUUUUUCUUUCAUUACAUUUUCUACUAGCCCAUGAUUGAAGUUCCAGAUAACUGCAGCAAUGAUGAAAACAUUUCUGUUAUGUCUGUUUCAAAUUCGGCAUCAUGGUUUGAUGUAAUUUAUCAGCAUUUUUGAUAUUUAAAAAAAUGGUGAAAAGCAUUUAACUGACUAUAGAUACAAAUACAUCUCUAUUUCCAAAGUAUAUGCCCAAGUACAUUUCUUCAGGUGAGCCUGAGGAGCUUCUUAUUUCUUCCUACUUUUGAUGUAUAACAAGAAGAAUCAGUACUGAAACAUAGGAGUGUUUACAGGCAUUUCUGUAGUCAUUUAUAAACAACUCCAGCUCCAGUAAUAGAAAAGUUUAAAAACUAAACAGUGCAUCUUUUUAGAGUAGUGCAAAACAUUGCCAGAACCACUGUAUAAUAUGUAUUUUAUUUCUGUUUUACAAAGCUAGUUUGAUUCCAAAAGUCAUUUUCUCAUGAAAGUACGAUUAAUGUGACUGACCUCAGUUUCAGGAAGAUGUAUGUAAUUACGUGGAGACUGAUACUGUACUGCCUCAGUGGAAUUUUUGACAGAAUAAGGAGUGCAGCUUGCUGACCUCAAAUGCCCUUUCUAAACCCACUGAAGGAAGUAGAAAAACUCCUUGCUGACGUUAUUGGACUUUGGAUCAAGUCGUAGGUCUUUCUAGGCUUGCUAAUUGCAGUAUAGAGGGAAAUUUCUGUGCCUACACUCUAUUGAUUGUAGAUUUGGGGCCUUACUUAUAAAAGAGUUCUGAAUGAAAUAAGGAAAUAAGUGUAUGUGCUUAGGAAUGUAAAUAAACUGAAAAUUAUAUUUC